AUCUUAUCAAGUGAUUUCAACACUGUAUGAUAAUACGGAUAUUUAUUUCGUGUAAUAUGGUAUGAUAUGUGGCUUUUGCCAAACACACAAGUGAAAGAACUUUUAUGCGGAUAUAUAAUAUCUGUAUAAAUGCAUGUAUAUGUGGAUAUAGCUGGUUCAAAAUGAAUUAGCGAAUAUAAAAAAUGGAAAGUCAAUGUAUCUAACUAAUUACUCCCGAUGUUUCACAUAACAAUAGUGCUAGUUGGUGAAAGUUACUUCGGGGUCAAGAAAGGUAAAGUCAAAUUUAUUUGGGUUAUUCGCUCAAUUCCAAUCGAAUGCAACUGAAUGCAGUAUAGUAUGAAUUGGCGAUCAGAACAUAUAUGGAUAGAACUUAUAACGGAAUCUCGAAAAACGAGUAAUUUUUGCUGGGCCUGUAUCCUUUUUUUAGGUUCACUAGGAUUCUUAGUGGUUGGAACUUCCAGUUAUCUUGGUAGGAAUUUGAUCUCUGUAUUUCCAUCUCAGCAAAUCGUUUUUUUUCCUCAAGGGGUUGUGAUGUCUUUCUAUGGGAUCGCGGGUCUGUUCAUUAGCUCCUAUUUGUGGUGCACUAUUUCGUGGAAUGUAGGUAGCGGUUAUGACCGAUUCGAUAGAAAAGAGGGAAGAGUGUGUAUUUUUCGUUGGGGAUUUCCUGGAAUAAAUCGUCGCAUCUUCCUUCGGUUCCUUAUGAGAGAUAUCCAAUCAAUCAGAAUAGAGGUUAAAGAGGGUCUUUAUACUCGUCGUGUCCUUUAUAUGGAAAUCAGGGGCCAAGGAGCCAUUCCCUUGACUCGUACUGAUGAGAAUUUGACUCCACGAGAAAUUGAACAAAAAGCUGCUGAAUUAGCCUAUUUUUUGCGCAUACCAAUGGAAGUACUUUAAAACGAACUCGAACUAAAGUAAAGAAUAAAUAUCUUCUCAAGGUGGGGAAAAGAACUUGCUAAUUCCCCUUUUUAAUAAAAGGCAAGUUUCCUGAUUCUUUUAUACUAGAAGUCUAAUCUAACUAACUAAUCUAAUAAUAAAUUUAUAUCUAUAAAUUAAUCAAACCUAUCCGAACAUGUAUUUCGUAAUACAUAAUUCAUCUUUUUAGACCCAUGAUUUUUAAUUGAUACCCUUUUUCUGAUUAUACAGUAAAAGGUUUCGUUUCGAAAGAAUUAAUGUAAGUUUUUUGGUCUCGAAACUUGAUUCGUUACUUAAAGUGGGUUUUGGAGUAUUCAUCGAAAGGAACAAAUGAAAAUGAAAUUGGUUUGAAUUUGCCCAAUUGAGAUAUCUUAAAUAUAUUACAAAUAAAAAGGGAAAGGGAUAGAUCCAGAGGUCACUACUUUGUUAUACAACUCGUGCUUCAGAGAAAUAUCAGAUAAAGUCGACGAAUGAAGCAGGUUCAUUAAAAAAAAUUCAAUUCACAGAUCAAAAUGAAAAAAAAGAAAGCAUUGGCCUCCCUUCCCUAUCUUGCAUCUAUGGUAUUUUUGCCCUGGUGGGUCUCUUUCUCUUUUAAUAAAUGUCUGGAACCUUGGGUUACUUAUUGGUGGAAUAGCAGACAAUCCGAAACUUUUUUAAAUCAUAUUCAAGAGAAAAACGUUCUAAAAAGAUUCAUAGAAUUAGAAGAACUAUUCCUAUUGGAUGAAAUGAUAAAAGAGUACCCGGAAACACAUAUACAAAAACUUCAUAUAGGAAUACACAAGGAAACAAUACAAUUGGUCAAAGCAUGCAAUGAAUAUGAUCUCCAUAUUAUUUUACAUUUCUCGACAAAUAUAAUCUGUUUCACUAUUCUAAGUGGUUAUUUUAUUCUGAGUAAUGAAGAACUCAUUAUUCUGAAUUCUUGGGUUCAGGAAUUCCUCUAUAACUUAAGUGACACAAUAAAAGCUUUUUCGAUUCUUUUAGUUACUGAUUUAUGGGUCGGAUUUCACUCGACCCGUGGUUGGGAACUAAUGAUAGGUUUGGUUUACAACGAUUUUGGAUUGGAUCAUAACAAUCAGAUUAUAUCUGGUCUUGUUUCCAUUUUUCCAGUUAUUCUAGAUGCAAUUGUUAAAUAUUGGAUUUUUCAUUAUUUAAAUCGUGUAUCUCCUUCGCUUGUAGUAAUUUUUCAUUCAAUGAAUGAAUAAAGAACUUAUUUGAUCUCAUCAUAUCAAUAAAAUUAGAAUCCUUCUUCCUUUAUAAAUAAAUAAAAAUUAAGCAUUAAAUUAAAAAUUUUACUUAAUUCCUUAUACUUUCAUCUGCUCAAGGUAUUCAUCGUAUAUUCCAGUACAAUUAUUCUAGUACAAUGCCAAACUCGUGUAUAGGUAACUAUACUAGUUACCUAUCUAAUUUAUUGUAGAAACUCCGAAAUUAAUGAUUGGACAUGCAAAAUAAAAAUGCUUUUUCUUGGGUAAAGGAAGGGAUGACUCGAUCCAUUUCUGUAUCGAUCAUGAUAUAUGUAAUAACUCGGUCAUCCAUUUCAAAUGCAUAUCCCGUUUUUGCGCAGCAGGGUUAUGAAAACCCGCGAGAAGCAACGGGACGAAUUGUAUGUGCCAAUUGUCAUUUAGCUAAUAAACCCGUGGAUAUUGAAGUUCCGCAAGCUGUGCUUCCUGAUACUGUAUUUGAAGCAGUUGUCCGAAUUCCUUAUGAUAAGCAACUGAAACAAGUUCUUGCUAAUGGUAAAAAGGGAGGUUUGAAUGUAGGGGCUGUUCUCAUUUUACCCGACGGAUUCGAAUUAGCCCCCCCUGAUCGUAUUUCUCCCGAAUUGAAAGAAAAGAUUGGAAAUUUGUCUUUUCAGAGUUAUCGUCCUAAUAAAAGAAAUAUUAUUGUGAUAGGUCCUGUUCCUGGUCAGAAAUAUAGUGAAAUCAUCUUUCCCAUUCUUUCCCCCGACCCUGCUACGAAGAAAGAUGUUCACUUCUUAAAAUAUCCCAUAUAUAUAGGUGGGAACAGAGGAAGGGGUCAGAUUUAUCCUGAUGGUAGCAAAAGUAACAAUACAGUCUAUAAUGCUACAUCAGCAGGUGUAGUAAGUAGAAUAGUACGUAAAGAAAAGGGUGGAUAUGAAAUAACCGUUGUUGAUCCAUCGGAUGGACAUCAAGUAGUUGAUAUUGUACCUCCAGGACCAGAACUUCUUGUUUCAGAGGGUGAAUCCAUCAAGCUUGAUCAACCAUUAACAAGCAAUCCCAAUGUGGGAGGCUUUGGUCAGGGAGAUGCAGAAGUAGUGCUUCAAGACCCAUUACGGGUCCAAGGUCUUUUAUUCUUUUUUGCAUUUGUUAUUUUGGCACAAGUUUUUUUGGUUCUUAAAAAGAAACAGUUUGAAAAGGUUCAAUUAUACGAAAUGAAUUUCUAGGUGCGGGGAUUUCUUGUUGAUCCAUCCAUAUAUAUGGAUAAACAAGAAAUCUCCAAACCCUUUUUGUUGCUUUGUUUAUACUUUUUUUCGUUUUGUGGGAUGCCUGGAAUUCAUUACUUGUAUCCUAUUCUUUGUAAUAGAUAUACAAACGAAGAGAAUACAAGGGAAGGAUGGCAAACCGGAACUCUUUUGUUUAGAUUGAUAGGAAGUUGUGGACAAACAAAAAGAGAGAAAAGAUUAUAGGGAAAUAAUUGAUUGAACAAAUAGAACUUCUUCUAUUAACUUAAACUUAUAACUUAGAGAAAUUAUUCAAACAAAUUUAAAUUUCAAAUUAUAUUAUAGAGUAAGUUCCAUUAGUAGUUUACUAUAGAAAUAGAAAGAAAGAAUUUGGAGGAUAUCUCAUGCGUAUAAAUCCAUAGAAUAUUGUAGUAUCCAGAGAUUACUCUUUUCUUCUUGCUUCGUAUCGUAAGAAUUAAUUAGAGGAAGGACAGAGACUAUGAAUCAAUCAAUGGCUUCAAUUCUUCAAAAACAUUAUUAAGAAACAAAAGAAUAGAGUAAUAUUUAAAACAUCAGAGCAAAAGAUCCAUUUUGUCAUUUUUUUCUACAAAACAAAUAUAAUAUUUUUAUUAUGUUGACUGUAUAACUUUCCAAUUUGAAUUUGUAUGUUAUGGAAUAGAUCAAAGUCUUCUUAUAUUCCUAUAUCUUAUAAGAUGUGGGACCUUACCCUCCUUUGUCUGUCUGAUUAGAGUGGUAAGGUCCGCUGAGUUCUUACUCUUUCAUGUCUACAAUCUGGUUCAUACGAUUACUAGAGAGAUGAACCCAACCCAGAAUAUGAA